UUCAAGUUCAUCUGAUUAUCCAAUUUGUAUGGUGAGGCUGCUCACACCACGGUAGGACUUUUUCGACACAGCUCUGGACAUGAUGAAGCAAGAAGAGAGUUUUCGGAUGGAAGAGGAACAGGAUGCGAGACUUUUGCGAGUCAUCAGAGGCGAGAUGAGAAAGGAUAGUGAGGACAAUUAUAGCAGAAGUAACACUCGCCGGAAAGGUACUAAGAUGAAGUCGAUGGAACCGUCUGAGUCUGCAUCAGAGGAGAAAGAGCGCCUGCGGAAGUUCCUUGCGCUUUGCGGGAAGUUCAACAUCGAUGACGACGAUACCAGCGAUGAAGAACUGAAACUACUACUACAAAGGACUGCUAAGCCGCUGUUAAAGUCGGUGAUCAACGAAAAACGGAAACGCGGGCCUGAAGUGAACAUCGGGAACAGCCCACCAAUGGUGACUCCUGAAAAGAAGGCGAGCACGAGACCGUUAGAAGAAACGAAGACCACGAUCGACGAACUACGCAACACAAAAAUCGGACUCAAGGACCUGGGCACGCCUCGUAUGAUAGAUUUAUCAUUGAAGCACAUCUCGGCGUCUCUCGGAGUCGGUGGGAGGGAGAAAUUCGAACGGGAGUGCUGCGACUUCUAUGAUGCCCUGACAAUUGACGAGCUGAAGGUUUACAUUGGAAUGACCGAACGCGAUCUGUGGGCGAGGUGGAGGGAACACUUUUGCCAUGGGAAGACCGGAGGCUGUAAGAGGAGAAGGAAGUUAUAUAAUUGGUUAAACAAGGUUGGUGCGCAUAAAUACGAAGCCGUUCCGAUAUUUGUGAGUGAAUCCAAGUCAGAGCUGCUAGCGGUCGAACGAACGUUGAUCAAGCGAUGGUCUCCGUCGUUGAAUUCCAGACCGGCGAACAACAAGAAAGGUGAGAAGAAGAAGAGAAGAAGACGUGGGAAAAGGGAGAGAGGUAAGGAGAAUGGAGGUAAGACACCAGGUAACGGUGGUUUUCGAAAAUUCGGUGGUAGGAUCGUAGCCAUCGGCGAGGCUAGUACAGAUGGUGAGACUGGAGAUCGUGGUGAGACCGUCAACAUGGUCGAAUCUCUUAGAAAGGUUGUUCGGGAGAAGGAGAAAAAGGACAUAGUGAUCCAGAGUGAUGGUGGUGACAUCGGGGCAGAUGGAUGGAGAGUCGUGAGAAGAUUAUUUGGAGAGACCAGGGUGAAGGUGGGUCAGGCCGUCAGGGGACGGGAAUCGGUGAGCUCGACUGGAUGCCGGAUAUCAUCAAGAACGCCAAGAAUGUGCCGAGGAACGAACAAGGACGGAGAAGAAGUCAGAUGAAACUCGAGAUUGAAGAAGCAUUUCGUACAUGGGAGCGGGAACUAGGCCAACAGUGUGGCGAAGUGAUCGUUAACAGAAGUGAAGUCGAUCGCUGUUUUGUAGAGGAGGAUUCUGGGAGGUGUGGGGGAAACCUGGAAGACGUGAUGAUGGUGAAGUCCCGAUUACAGGGGCUGGUACUAGCCCCCCUGGACCGUAAUCCAGGCGAUGCACUGGUACUUUGCCCUCAUCUGUAUGCGAAUGGCAUCGAGGAAUUCAAUCCCUUUUUUCUGAACAAUGGAUGCAGAUUGUGCGAACAAAGUGAGAAAGAAGAG